AUGCUGGUUCCCAGCCCUGAGAUGAUGUCCUGGAAGGAGGAGUGUACGAGUCCACCCUCAUGUUUCAUCCAGCACCUGGACCACCUUGCGUUGGCUGUGAAGAGCAUUGAGGACACUGUGGCCUCCAAAGUCCUGGGCAUGGAGGUGGUGACUUUCAAGGGAAAUCGCAAAGCUUUACAUUUUGGCAACCAGAAGUUUAACCUGCGUGAGGCUGGGAAGGAGUUUGAACCCAAGGCUCGGUGCCUGGUCCCUGGCUCUGCAGAUAUCUGCCUUAUCACACAGGUGCCCCUGGACCAGCUGCUGGAUCACCUGAAGGCCUGUGGGGUGGUUAUUGAAGAAGGUCCCGUGGCCAGAACUGGUGCUGCAGGUCCAAUAACAUCCAUCUACUUCCGAGACCCCAAUGAGAACCUGCUCGAGGUUUCCAGGUACUGCACAGAUGUGACUGCAGUCAGUGGAGGGGAACCCUAA